ACCACAUUGUUUGGAGGUGCCUACUUUGAAGUAUGUUAAUGUAAACCUUUCUGCAUGAAGCUUUGCAUUUGCAUUUUCUUCCCUUCGCAUUACAAAUACCUAAAACCGAGGGACAUUUUAUGGUAUUUAAGUAAGUCAGAAAUUGUUGUGUUUACUGUUCCCAUCUCUUAUCAGGUGUAAAGAACACGAGCUGCUAUCUCUGCAUCUGGAGGAAACUGAGAACCCGGCGACUAACACUGUCUUCUCUGUCACACCGUCUAGUCUCAGCUGCGUGCAUAAGAUCCGGAGCUAAGAUGACUUUCUACGUUGACAUUUACCCAUUCUACCCUCUACAAAGGUCCUCCUUUAUCUUCAGCAGCCACUUGCUCACUGUUAUCCUGGUCUUCCUCAUGUUAGCACUUAGUCUACUUCUCAUACUGCCGGGGAUAAGAGGGAAGUUGAGACUUUUCUGGACGUUUAGAGUCAUUAUCAGCCUUUUCAUAGGUGUGGUGAUAGUCGCACUUAACUUCACGUGCAACUGGGCCGAGGCCAAAAUGACCACUAAUGCCACUUAUAAGUCUUUCAGCAAUGCUGUGGUUAACGCCGAGAUUGGCUUACAUGUUGGACUGUACGGCAUUAAUGUCACACUGAAGGGGAAUCCUAUUGUACAGUUGAAUGAGACUAUUGACUACAAUGAGAUGUUCAGGUGGCAUGACACUAUCGAAGAAGAUUAUGAGGAAGCUCUGGAGAAAGGUCUCCCCAGCCCCAUCCUGUACAUUGCUGAGAAAUUCACUCUGGGCAGCCCGUGUAGACUCAUCUUGCAGUACAGAUUUUCAGGAAGAUACGCCUCUGCAACCCUCUGGACUGCGUUUUGCAGCUGGUUGCUCGCCAAUAUUCUAUUCUCCAUGCCGGUCAUUCUGUACGCCGGAUACAUGAUGAUGGCUACCGCUGCCUUCAUUUUCUUCUCGAUGGCCUCAUUCUCCAACAUCAGUUCCGUGCCCCAGUGUGUUUUCUCCAUAGGAACCGACUCCUUCAAAACCGAGUACAGCCAUUCAUUCUGGCUGGCCCUGGCUACAGGUUUGCUGUGCACCGUCAUCGGGAUUCUCGUGGUGAUACUUAACUUUGUGAUGCCGGAGAAGAUGAAAGAGGCUUUCAGUGUGGGCGUCGACAGUUAUGAAGAUGAAGAUGUUUCGUAUGGGGAGGGGUACCUGAACGCAGCUUUCCUCGAUAGAGUGACAAGCUCAACACUGACAGGAAAGACAAAGGACAAUUUAUGAAGCCAUUCAGUUUUCCCAGGGGAAGCUUUUCCCGCCAUUACUUGAAGAUUUUUUUUUUUAUCCUGAAUGUUCACGGAUGGAGUGUCUUAAUUUCACACCACUUUUAAAUAUGCAUGUGACCUUGUAAAUGUUUUGUGUUGUAAAUUAUUUAAGGUAAAUAGUAUUUUUAAAGUUCACUGUCACAAAGCCGUAGUUGUAAGUACAAUAUAUCAACUUGUAUGGGAUCCAUACUUUUUGUAUAUACACUGGAUUAAAUCUCACUGUUCAACUCGUCUUUGAUUCACCUCAAAUCCAAACAUACAGACUUUACAUGUCGGGGGUUGGUUGCUACUGUUUUUUGCUGUAACUCCUGAAAAUAAAAAAAACAG